AUGGCCUGGAGCAAUCAGUCUGUGGUAACUGAAUUCAUACUACGGGGUCUGUCCAGUUCUUUAGAACUCCAGAUUUUCUACUUCCUGUUUUUCUCCAUAGUCUAUGCAGCCACUGUGCUGGGGAACCUUCUUAUUGUGGUCACCAUUGCAUCAGAGUCACACCUUCAUUCCCCCAUGUACUUUCUGCUGGGCAAUCUCUCCUUCAUUGACAUGUCCCUGGCCUCAUUUGCCACCCCCAAAAUGAUUGCAGACUUCCUCAGUGAACACAAAGGCAUCUCUUUUGAAGGCUGCAUGACGCAGAUAUUCUUCCUACAUCUCUUAGGAGGUGCUGAGAUUGUACUGCUGAUCUCCAUGUCCUUUGAUAGGUAUGUGGCUAUCUGUAAGCCUCUACGUUACCUAACUAUCAUGAGCCGGAGAAUGUGUGUUGGGCUUGUGAUACUUUCCUGGAUCGUCGGCAUCUUCCAUGCUCUGAGUCAGUUAGCAUUUACAGUGAAUCUGCCCUUCUGUGGACCCAAUGAAGUAGACAGUUUCUUUUGUGACCUCCCUUUGGUGAUUAAACUUGCUUGUGUUGACACAUAUAUUCUGGGGGUGUUCAUGAUCUCAACCAGUGGCAUGAUUGCCCUGGUGUGCUUCAUCCUCUUGGUGAUCUCCUACACUAUCAUCCUGAUCACUGUUCGGCCAUCCUCUGGUGGAUCCUCCAAAGCGCUCUCCACUUGCAGUGCCCACUUUACCGUUGUGACCCUUUUCUUUGGUCCAUGCAUUUUCAUCUACGUGUGGCCUUUCACAAAUUUCCCAGUAGACAAAGUACUCUCAGUGUUUUAUACCAUAUUCACUCCCCUCUUGAAUCCAGUGAUCUAUAACCUUAGGAAUAAAGAUGUCAAGUAUUCCAUGAGGAAACUAAGCAGCCAUAUCUUUAAAUCUAGGAAGACUGAUCAUACUCCUUAA